AACAUGCCUCUAUCACUAGCGCAAUUCUCCUCGUUUGUACCCAGCGAUAUCACCUUGCCUGGUUCCAUUCCUGCAGGACGUGCAGCAGCCCUGGCCUGUGCUGCGACACUCGGACUCCUAGUUCUCAAAUACAACGAUCGUGCUAUUUUUACCGAACGUCCCAAGGGCGCACCAUUUGAGCAUAGCCUGCCUUUGCUCGGUAGUUUGCUUGAUGUAAUCAAGCACAAAGAUGACUUUCAUGAUAUGUUUUUGCACCUUAUGGAAAAACACAAUACGAUGACAAUUGGUAGUUCUUCUAUUGGCUCUUCGUCAAGUAUAUUAACGAUUAACCCUUUGAACGUCGAACAUGUUUUGAAGAACAACUUUUCUAAUUACAUCAAGGGCGCUGAGCAACUUUCUUCAAUGCAAGACCUGUUCGGCCAUGGUAUCUUUACAGCUGAUGGAGAGCAGUGGCGUUUCCAAAGAAAAGCGGCGAGUCUUAUCUUUAACGUUGCUAAUUUCAGGGAUCACUAUGUAAAAGUAUUUGUGGAAGAGUUUGACGUCAUGGCAAACAACAUUUUCGACAAAAAAGCAUCCAGUGGAAAGCCAGUCGAUUUUCAUGAUGUGAUCUACAAAUAUACACUCGAUUCGUUUGUUCUGAUUGGCUUCGGUAAAAAGCUCAAUUCACUAUUAAGCCAGAAGAAAGUACCUUUUGCCGAAUCUUUUGAUAUCUGCCAGCGCAACUGCUCGGACCGAUUCAUCAACCCAUUCACCGACUUGUUCGAUGUGCUCAAGGGCGUUUUUCAACCAGGUGCUAUGCGGAUCAAAGACCAUAUCCAGGUUGUGGACGAUUUUACGUAUUCGUUGAUCCGCGAGCGCCGUGAACAGGUAGAAAAAGGUGGUGAAUUCAAUGAUCUGAUGGCACGGUUCAUGAGCGCUCGCAAUACACAAGGCCGACCAUUGGACGACGUUGAGCUACGGGACAUGAUAUUAAAUUUUAUCAUUGCUGGAAGAGACACGACUGCUCAAGCUCUUUCGUGGCUAUUAUAUAACGUAUUGUUGCACCCACGUAUCGAAGAGAAAUUGGUCGAGGAAAUCGAUCGAGUUCUUCCAGAUGCCAAGGUAUUGGAUGGACCAGAGCUCUAUGAGGUUGUCAAGAAGCUGCCUUACGCGCAUGCAGUAUUCUACGAAACGCUGCGCUUAUAUCCCUCAGUCCCUUCCAACGGCAAGGUUGCGAUCGAAGAUGAUAUUCUGCCAGAUGGUGCUCACGUCAAGAAGGGUAUGGAGGUGUCUUGGUCUCCUUAUGCAAUGGGACGGUCGGAAAAGGUCUGGGGUCCGGAUGCCAAGUCUUUUGUUCCAGGGCGUUGGAUUAAAAUUGAUGGAACGUUGCGUCGCGAGUCUCAAGGCAAAUUCCCAGCAUUCCAUGGCGGACCGCGUGUGUGUUUAGGUCAGGAAUUAGCGAAGCUCGAGGCCAUUGUAGCAUUGGCUCUGAUAUUGAAACGCUACAAGUUCUCGCUUGUUCCCGAUCAAAAAGUGGCCUACGAGACGUCGUUGACGUGCCCCAUGAAGAAUGGCUUGCACGUUACUGUAGAACGCCGUUAAAGUUCUCUGUGCAUCGUGUCCUUUGUUCCAUUAGAUAGUCUACGACUCUGCUAUAUGUUAAUAAAUGUACCUGAACGGGGGCAGUGUGUUCCGCUGGUGUGGCCUUCACGUUGAACUGCCACUUUUGAUUCGCUUUGUGUCUCCUUUUAAACUAACAUUCACUGCUCCUCUCUGCAGCAGUUUGAGCAUAGUA